GCCACAGAACCCCCCCAGCACCGCCGGCCUGCGGACCUCGCAGAGCGUUCUGUCCGGUCCGGGAUGGAGAAAGAACCGGACUCCUCGCGCCAACAGAACGGCUGGGUGGGGGCGGCGCUGCACGGGGAGUUCAGCGACCCGCUGGACCACCGGCUCCGGUACUCCGUGAGCCUGACGGAGAGCGCGCUGACCGUGCAGAUGAUCUCCUCGCAGCCCGCGCGCUCCAAGGCGGUGUUUCUAUUGGCGGACUGCGUGGGUUGCCACGCGUACACAGAGCGGGAUGGAGACGGGGGGAACGUCGCGGCGGACCCGGGGCGGGACGGGGGGAACGGGGACGGGGGGGACGCCGCCGCGUACUUCGUGGUUUAUUUCUACCCGUUCCGCGGGCGGUGGAUGAGCGGGGGCUCCGCGCGCCAGAAGGUGGAGCAGGUCUUCCGGGUGGUCCCCUUACCGGACCCCGCCGCAAACCUGCGAGAGGCUCAGCGGUGGGCGCGUGCCAUCCGGGACGCGGCCGCAAAACAGAUCCCGCGACGGAACGGUGUGGUGUAUGCGCAGGUCCCUCGCCCCUGCAGGCUGAUGGUGCUGCUGAACCCCCAGAGUGGGCGGGGCCAGGCCAUGCAGCUCUUUACUGCCCAUGUGCAGAACAUGCUCAUUGAGGCCGGCGUCCCAUACACGCUGGUCAUCACCGAUCGCAGGAACCAUGCCCGUGAGGUGGUGAGGAAGGCCGACCUCCGCCAAUGGGACGCCCUGGUCAUCAUGUCGGGCGACGGCCUGUUAUUUGAGGUGAUCAACGGGCUGAUGGAGAGGGAGGACUGGCGGGAGGCCGUCCGGACCCCCCUGGGGAUCCUCCCCGGCGGCUCGGGGAACGCACUGGCCGCCUCCGUCCACCACUACUCCCAGGCCCCCCCGGCAUGGGGCGAGGAGCUGCUCCUCAGCUGCGGCUUCCUGCUGUGUAAGGGUCUGGUGAGCCCACUGGACCUGGUCUCCGUGCAGCUGCCGUCUCGCCGCCUCUUCUCCUUCCUGUCGCUGGCCUGGGGCUUCGUGGCCGACGUAGACCUGGACAGCGAGCGCUACCGCACCGUGGGCGCCGUGCGCUUCCUGCUGGGCACGCUGCUGCGCCUGGCCUCGCUGCGGGUCUACCGCGGCCGGCUGGCCUUCCUGCCCCUGGAGGCGGAGCCAGAGGCCCCACCCACCCCGCGCACCGCCCGCCGCUGGGCCCGGGCGCGGCCCACAGACCACGCCCAGGAACGGCCGUCCUUCUGCUCUAACCCCGCCUCCGCCCUGCGCUGUGGCUCCGUCCCCUCUGCCUCCCCCUCCACCUCUGCCUCCCCCAACAACAACCGCUCUGAGCGCCGGCGGGGUCGGGUCCCCUCAAACCGUAACACCGUCACUGCCGAGACCGACCAGACCGACAACCGGACCAGGACCCGGACUGAGACCCGUACCGACCCCCCGGGCCCCCUCCUGGACCCUCUGCUGCCCCCCCUGGGCCGGCCCCUGCCGGACUCCUGGAGGCGGGUGGAGCAGCAGGACUUCGUGCUGGUGUUGGCCAUGUUCCAGUCCCACCUGUCUGAGGAGCUGUGGGCGGCGCCGGGGGCCGCGCCCGACGACGGCCUCAUCCACCUCUUCUACGUGGGGGCGGGGGUCUCGCGGGCCGCGCUGCUCCGCCUCUUCCUGGCCAUGGAGCGGGGCGCCCACCUGGAGUGCGGUGUCCCCCACCUGGUGUACGAGCGGGUGCGCGCUCUGCGGCUGGAGCCCCUCUCCCCCCAGGGGAUCAUCACCGUGGACGGGGAGCUGGUGGGGCCCGGGCCCCUGCAGGCCCAGGUCCACCCCGGGCUGGCCCGGCUGGUCUGUGGGUGA